AUGGUAAUUAGCUUUGAUGUACCGCUACGAGCAUCCGACGAAGCCGUCGUUAAAUUCCUACUAGGUAUAGUUUUCGGAUCACAGAAAAAAAGGAAUUCAUCAAGUCGUGAGUGUUUGCGACACGAUGUGAACGGAGCUUGCAAAAUAAUCACGUGGAUUCUACAGAAUCAUCAAAAACGAUCAUUUACAGUUGCCUGUAAUUUGAUUUAUGGAAAUACUCUUGUUCUGAGCCAGCAGGUCGCAAGACUUCUAUUAGAUGCAGUACGAGCCCGCGAGGUUGUUGCAUUCACAUCCUAUCUUGCAGAGGAGGAAGAAAGACGAAAAAAAACUUUUGAACAAAUGCAGAGCGGAUUUGAAGACGAUUUUACAACUCCGAAGAAAAAAAGGAGGUCGAAAGCAGUGGCAGAAGACGAUUAUUUGCUGGCUAGUCCUACCCCAAUUAGCAUAGCACUGAAACAAAAUAUCACAAUGCCAGAUGUAUUUGCUAUGCAAAGAGAAGAUGAUAUCUGUGUGGAAGAUGACCUUGUUCCACCAACUAUGGAACAGUUCGAGAUGUUAUAUGGAAUGCUCGACUCAGAAAAUCGUAACACGACUCUUGAUCUAACCUUCCUGGAUCGGUGCGCGUCUUCUUCUAAUGCUCGAAAUCCACUUGACAUUGCUUUCGAUGCUUCAUCUCAGCCAAAUCCAAUUGACUCCGAGCUUCAGCGUCCAACGGAUGAUUUUGAGUUUCAGCGUCCAACAGACGAGUUCAUAAGUUCCCAGCAACGGACUCCAAAUAAAAAUGAUCGUACACAAGAGGAAAUUUUUGAUCCUGCUCCUGAGUUGGCUGACAUUCUUCUUUAUGGCCGGCUUCCGCUAUUGAAUGAAGGUGGCCAGAGGAGAAGUAUGGAAGAUGAGAUGGAAGAUGCGAGACAUCAUGGAAUUAGUGCCGAAAUGGACGUUCCACUGCAACCAAUGGAGGUGCCACGAAUGAUCUCAGAGCCAAUUCUCUUGGAUCCAUUGGACAUCGAUACAUUUCCAAGAGCACCAAGACCACCACGCAGUGCCCAGAAAAAUCAGACUGCUAUUUCUUCUGAAUCAGAUGCUGCUCAGGACGAAGGAAUAAGACAUAAAAUUCCAUUGGCAAGCAAAAAAUAA